AUGGAGCCCGGGCCGGCCGAGCCUGGGCCUUGCCUGAGCGGCCCGAGCGGCGCGGACCAGGCGGCCGGAGCCGAGCCCGGGCGCCGCGCGCUGGCUGUGGCGGCCGUGCUGCCGGCAGGGGGGUGCGGGGAGAGGAUGGGCGUCCCCACCCCGAAGCAGUUCUGCCCCAUCCUGGAGAGGCCGCUCAUCAGCUACACCCUGCAGGCCCUGGAGAGAGUAUGUUGGAUAAAGGACAUUGUGGUGGUGGUAACUGGAGGAAACAUGGAAGCCAUGAAAAAUAUUAUUGAGAAGUACCAGCAUAAACACAUCUCACUAGUAGAAGCUGGAGUGACCCGCCACAGGUCAAUUUUCAAUGGACUAAAAGCACUGGCGGGGGAUCAGCCUGACUCUGCACUCUGUAAGCCAGAAGUAGUGAUCAUCCAUGAUGCUGUGAGACCGUUUGUUGAAGAAGAGAUCCUCCUUAAUGUUGUCACAGCUGCUAAGGAGCAUGGGGCAGCGGGAGCGAUUCGACCUCUUGUAUCUACUGUCAUCAGUCCAUCCGCUGAUGGUUGUUUAGACCACUCACUAGAACGUGCCAGACACAGAGCAAGUGAAAUGCCACAGGCCUUUUUAUUUGAUGUGAUAUAUGAAGCCUAUCAGCAGUGUAGUGACUAUGACUUGGAAUUUGGAACUGAGUGUUUGCAGUUGGCUCUAAAAUACUGUCAUAUUAAAGCCAAACUUGUAGAAGGAUCACCUGACCUCUGGAAGGUGACCUACAAACGAGAUCUGUAUGCGGCUGAAUCGAUUAUUAAGGAGAGAAUUUCACAAGAAGUUUGUAUAGUUAUGGACACAAAAGAAGAUAGAGGACGUGUAGGUCAUCUUCUUGAAGAAGUGCUAAAAAAUGAAUUAAAUCGUGUAAAAGUCACAUCUGGAGCUCUGUGUCAUGCUGGCAGAGAUCUUCAGCAAAUCAUCUUAGAGCAAUGCUACAGUUUCGUUUGUGUGAAUGUUAUGACCGCUGAUUUUCAAGAAACCCAGAAGUUACUGAGUAUGCUUGAAGAGAGUGAUCUUUCCAUUCUGUAUCCUGUUGUUGUUGUUUCAGUGCAUUUUCUUGAUUUUAAAUUAGUACCUCUCAGUCAGAAAAUGGAAAACCUAACACGGAUUGGGGAAUUAGCAAAGGAAGUGAGAAAAAGAAACAUUUUGUUAUUUGGCCUUCUCAUAUAUUACCCACAGGAUGAGCAGAAGCUGCAGGAGAGUUUAAGGCAAGGGGCCAUCAUUAUUUCUGCCUUAAUCAAAGAAAGAAAUUCUGGACUAGUUGGCCAACUACUGGUAGCAUGAAGAACACAGAAGGAAAAUUACCUAUUAGGCUUUUAAAGACAAUUGCUUAAGUAUCUCUGUUAUGCUUUAUUCUUCCCCUCUCCAAUUGUAUGUGGUGGGAUGUUUAAGUUGUCCUCUGUCUUCUUAUAAUUUGCAGAAUAUGAUGCUUAGAUUAUAAAAGUGGGUCAAUAUUUAUCUGUGGAAUAAAGAAUGCUUUUGUGUAUGUCAAGUAUAAAUUGCCUGAACUAGAAAAGAGUAGAUAAGUGGAAAAUAAUAGCCUUCACAUAUUCUUUUCACAAAGGCAUGAAAGUUCAAAUAGAAAUAAUGAUGGGUGAGCUAUUCCUUUAAGGAAUGAGAAUUUGGAAAACUUUAGCUGUUAUCUUAACUCUAGGUUAAUUAAUAAAUCACACUGUAGUGAAGCUAAUGGGUAAGCUUUAGAAUUCUUAAUUCUAAAAUUGUCCUAUUACCACGUGAUAUUUUGUCUUAAGUUGGAAUUUUCCACACCUUAAAAAAAGGGGGGGGGGAAUAACAGGGAAUGAAACUUUUUGUUUCAAAUAUCUUCACUAUUUGCCUCAUGUUGUCUUAGACCCUAAAGGAGGUGUGAUCGGCUUUUCUAUUAAAUUGUAUGUUUUCUUUGAUUUACAAAAUAUAAUUUUGCCUCACAAUAUGUUAAAGGAUCUCUGAUUUUUCUGUAUAAGUUUAAAAGAAGUCUGGAAAGCUUUAUAAAAGUUACUCUGGUCAAUUGCUUGUUACUUGUAAUCUGUAAGGCAGGGAACCCACUGCACGUCACUGAGUUAAAUUAGGUAUUAUUUUCAUACAGAUGCUGCUGCCUUUUAAAAUCAAGUUCUUAUUCUUACCAAUUUCCAUUGGAUGAUAUAUACAUCUUAAAUGUUGAUAUUUUUCCUUAUAAUACAUUUUGCAAUUACAUGUGUCUAGUCAUUAGAGAUGCCUUUUAUUCUAUACAUAUAUUUGUUUUAUAAAAACAGAUUAGAUCAGAUUAUUCUACGGCUUAGGCUGCAUGUGGAAACUACAAAAGUUGCGUAAAGUGUUUUUAGUUAAAGAUAGACUAUAAAAUAUCUUCCUUGUGGAAUUUCUUUUUAGCAUGUUGGAUGACUUUUCCCGUAUUUCUGAAGUAUCUAUAUAGUAGAAGAUUUUAUAUUUUACAUGUAAGUAGUAGUGAGUAGAAUGUAAUGAGCAUGGAAUAAUUAUUACAAUUUAUUCUCCUGAAUGAAAUGUGUUGUUUGAAUGUAGGCUUGGGUCUAAAUUCCUGCACUUGCCACUUUUUUCCUUUCUCUAGGGAUGUUAAGAAACAUAAACUGUCAUUAAUCCAAAUUCUUGAGGAUGGAAAUAUGUGGGCAAUGUGUAGAUUUUGGUUAGAAUGUCUGUGUCCCUGUUAAAGUGGCUGGUCAUGUGGUGAAGGUGUAGCUGCGAAGUGCACACCUGCACCUGUUGAAGUCUUCAGGUAAAUGUUUUAAUACUUUGAAUGUGCUCAUAAAGGCAGAAGGGGUAAUAUUAUCAAGACUUUAAAGGGAGGAUGAGUGCCUUUAAGUAGAAAGCAAGAAAGUGGGUAUAUCUGUGGCACAGCAAAAUUAUUCCACUCAUUGGGGUGCUGGCUGAGUUAGCCUAGAUUUCAACUUAGGAAAGGAAUAUUACAGUGGACAAGAAUUUAUUCCAGAGCAAUUAGUAUGACUUUACCCUGGGUAAUUGGAAACAUUCAGUGUAAUUAGGUUUAAUUAAUGGAAUAUUAAAUCGUGCCUGAAAUAAUAACAUUUGGUCCUUUACAGUUUACAAAAUGAUUCACAGCACUGAAGAUGUAAAAUAAAACAAAACAAAAAACUCUCCACAUCCUUUACUCUUUACAGGAGGAAAUUGGGGCUCAGGGACCUUAAUUACUUUGCCCACAGUCGUGUGACUGUGUAGUAACAAGAGGCAGGGCUCAAACUCAGGAAAACUUGUAAGUUUUAAGCUCAUAUCCCUGUAUAACAACAGCUCCCGGCAAAGACAUCCAAAAGAGAGAUAUAAACCAGAGCCUCUGAAUAAGCAUUAGAGGAAUGGACAAGGAGAGUGGAACAAAUCUGUCCCAUGACCAGAUGAAAGUCCUGGAGCUUUUGGCUUGUCAGCCCCCUUUCCAUUGUACAGACAUUGGAGCUAGGGGUUAAGGGAAUGGAGAGAAUUAUUGUUUGUUAAAAGAUCCAGAGGCUACUCUACAGUUAUAUUUUUAUCACUGCUUCUGUAAAUUUAAUUACUUUAGUAAAAGCUGUUCACUUUCACUUUACUUUCCAAAAUUCCUUAAAAAAUAAGUCAUUAUGCCUCAGGGUAGCUGAAAUUGCCUCUACCUGUGGGAAUUUUUGUGGAAAGACUUUUCUUCCCCCCUAAAUUUACUCUUUAUUUAAAUGUGAUUCACAGUUGUUUUAGAAAUUCAACACAGUGUGAGCAAUGGUUUGAUUAAUGACAUAUUGGUAAGAGGUAGUUUUUUUUUCAUAAAAGUACCCAAUUUAAGAGAUGACUUGUUGCAAGUGUGCUCAUCUACAGAUAAGAGCCAGACAGCUGUAUUCCGUCAGAGCUGUUGUUACUGUGGUCCCUUUAAGUGUUUUGCGUUACUUUAACAGGAAAACUCUUUUCCCACACUAAUUUAUUAUAAAUAUCAAAUUUUCUUUAUUUAUAUAUAUAUAUAU